AUGUUUGGCUGGGGUCCUGGAUUGGCCUUGUCUUCGGCCUCCUCAGAACCUGAGAAGGAACGCACUCCUCCUACAGACGCUACACCCCUUGACUUCCCCGCUUACCGUCUCCCCGAUGUCGUCCCUAACGACUCUGCCUCGACCCUCCGCGACCUGUUCGUCCAACUAGCCUCCAUUAAGCGACCCCAGGAUAUCUCCAUUGAUCGCUUCAAGUCCCUCAACCUCCAUGUCGACUCCGAUGUCGACGUCCAGCAGAUGUUUCCCGCUGACCCGGCCGGCUCUUUGCCCCCGCUGCCCUGGGAGGAGGAGCCGGAGAUCAAGUCCGCUGAGGAGGGCGAGGAUCAAGCGCGCCCGCUGAUGAGCAAUGGACUCCCCUACCCUCCCAGAGACCGAUUCGAAAUCCUCCGUACCGAGUUGUUGCUUGAUCAAGAUGAUACCUUCCGCGAAGUGGCUCGUCUUCCACCCCGCGAAGGCCGGAGCCGUGUCCGGAUAACACAGUCCAGGAAGUUCUGGACUGGCUUGGAGCGCAUGGCGCAGUACUGGGAUACAAGUAUCGAUAAUUACUUCGAACGACCCGUUACGCCGGAGCCGACGCCGCAGCAGACUUCGCCCGCGGAGUGUGAGGACCAGGGAGACGAGAUGCAGACCGAUGGGCCUGUGCUCGAUACAGUUCAAACCGACUCGGUGGACGUGAUGGACGUGGACGGAUCUGAAAUCAAUGCUGGCACACCUUCCGCUGGUAGGGCGCCCGAGGCAAAGAUUCUUCAUCCAACAGUGCCUAUGUACACGGGUCGCCGUAUUGGAGCCGGCACGGAGAUGCCCGACGACGUGCGGGAUGAAACCAUUCGUUCCUUUAUUGAGAUGGCCGCAUGGCCUUUUGGGUGCCAGGUUACCAUUCCAACAUUACCGCCCCGUCUGACGGUGGGAAAUCUGCUUUUUCCUGUGCGGCAGUCCUUCCAAGUAGCCCGCUCUCCCAGAGACCGGCAGAUCGCCCGACAGGGUAUUCUGGAGGGGCCCGUCCUGAUUGCGCAGUGCCGUGCCGAGACCACCUUCCGAGCCACUGGUGACGAGAAGGGCAAGGGAAUUGGCGAGGUGUGUGAUCUAUUCCGCGAAGUUGGAGGCAUGCUUCUUGCCGCACAGGAACGUGCUCGCGAAGGCGCAGCUGAGCUGCGUCCUGGUGAGAAUCAAUGGUGGACUACAAAGCCCCGGUUUGGCGGUGCUCCUAACGACGGGAUCCUGGAUGAUCUAGUCAGGAAUGCGGGAAUCCCCAUUCCUGACUCUAUGCUUGGGGACAACUCGUCCGCCACACCCGCCCCGGAGGCGGAGACUGCUCGCAAGCGGCACAAGUUUGAACACUCCCAGGGCUCGUAUUCUACGUCUCUGGCGCGUCGGCCUAGUGCCAUGCGCAAGCUCUCAAACAGUGAAAAGUGGAAGAUCCUGCAGCCGGGUCCGAGUCUGUGGGAUAAGCGCAUGGUCUAUCAGCAGAUUGGCAGAGCGAUGGACAGCCCUUACGACAAUGUAUACAUGGUCUCCUCGAUUAACCACCACAUCGCCAUCCUGCACCUCCGGGUCCACCGCCGCUACCUCGAAGUCUUCACCCGAGGCGACAGCACAUACCCCACCGACUCCGACCCUGACCAGCUAUGGCACAUCCUUAAGCUCCAGCGUACCAGAUGGUAUGAUCUGUUUGAUGCAAACGACCGCAUCGAGGCCCUGAAAGCCACUUGGAGUCUCUUCCACUACCAGCUGCGUACGACUCACCGCGAGGGUUGA